AACCCGGAAGUAGGUGUAAACAACUGCCUCGCUGGCGUGGAGGGAAAGAAGAGCAAAGUACAAUAAAAACAUUUCAAAAGAAAAAAAAAAAUCGCAAGCUUUUGCCGCUGUUUGCCACAUCUACUUUCUUUAAAACCACAACAAACGCGAACGGGGCCUCCUCGCAGCCGGAGGAAGCAGAAUGGGCAGGAAGGAUGCCAGCGCCACCAAACUACCAGUUGAUCAGUACAGGAAGCAAAUUGGUAAGCAGGACUACAAGAAAACCAAGUCAGUCUUAAAGGCCACGCGGCUCAAAGCUGAAGCCAAGAAGACCUCGUCUGUAUUCAGGGACGGCUUCCUGGUCCUCGUGGCGAUCGCGUUCUUUGUCGUCUGCUUCUACGCCUUUUUCUACCUCAACCUGAGCAACGAGAUUAACAUGGAUAUGGACUGACACUGUACGUACUGUACAUUGUUCUUUCUUCAAUCAUGCACAUCUUUUCUAUUUUCCUGACAACCAGCGUCCUCUCCAGUGGAAAUUUGCUUUUUGCUUUUUUUUUUUUUAAAUAUUACGUUUGUCAUACGAAAACCAUGAAUUUAUGCCUCAAUAGGCCUGGGCAGUAUGGAUGAAAUCGAAAUCAUGAUAUCUGUUUUGUAUCGGUCUGUAUCGAUAAUUGUUGGUAUUUUUUAUGACCUAUGUAUGAUACGGACCAGGAGAAAAAUGUAUACAAGUCAUCAUAAACAAGUUGUCAACAUUAUUGGGUAGUUGACUUAAAGGGGUAGUCGACCUAAAUGGUGUGUAGACACGUAAACAAGUUGUCGACAUAAACAUGUUGUUAUGAACAAGCGGCGACAAACAGGUUGUCGACAUAAACAUGUUGUCAUAAACAAGUCAUAGACAAACAGGUUGUCGACGUAAACAAGUUGUCGACAUAAAUGGUUUAACAUAAGCAAGUUGUCAACGUAACCAUGUUUAUGUAUAGCCUUAUGUAUGUAUGUGUGUGUGUGUGUACAUAUGUGUGUGUGUAUAUAUAUA